AAUGGGCCUGUACUAAAAUUUUGACCGGGAUUUUCGUGUUUCAAAUUUCAAACUCCCAAAACUUUUGCAAUUUCUCCCGCCAAGGAUUCCUGACUUUGUCUAAAGCAAAUCUUGAAACAUUUGACGUCAGUCUUACCUUAACAUUUCCGAAAAAGAAAAAGACUUCCCUCAAAAUCUGGAUAAAUCAUCUUCCGAACAACAAAGAUCCCGAACCCAACUCUAAUAAGCGACAAAGAUCUGAUUUUGAUUAUGUCUGCGUCCUCAAUUCGCCGACUGAAGGAACGAGGAGGCGGCGGAGCUAAAAUUGUCGGCCCAUCCGCCGCCACCGCCGCCACCGCCGCCGUCAAAUACCCAAAAUCCUUUACCCCGCAAUCUGAAAAAUCAGUUCUUGUAAAUGGUGGAGACAGCCUCAGGAAGAAACCCGCCGGAAAGGAGAACCCCAGGCCGACAUCGCGGGGCCGGGCUGCAUCCGCGACGGCGGCGGCGGCGCUUUCUCAGAAGCCGAUUAUGAAAGCCAUGCCGCGAAUCGAUAAAGCUUCUGCAGCUAAUGGAGGUUUUAAUGGUGCCAUUAGGAUUGAGAACAGAGGAGGAGAGAUUCGUGCGGAGGGACGUCCCCGGUGGUCAACGUCAUCGGCGAUGGUUCCAUCGCAAAGAGGUAGGAGUCCUAGCCCUUCUGAAUUUAAUAGAGUUUUAUCGAGUUCUAGGAGUUCUAGGGCUUCUUCAGUUGAGAAGAAGAGAGGGAAUUCGAGGGAAAAUGUGAAAAGUGAUGCUGGGAAGUAUGCUUUGAAGAAUUCUGUCAAAAAUAAUGAAAUUCCUGACAGGAAAGUAGUUAAUUUGAGCUCAGAGUCUGUGAAAUUUAAAUUUGAUGACGCUGAUGAAAACCUCAAUUUGAAAGAAAUACUAAAGACAAAACCUUGUUUGGGAAGUGAUGUUGAGUUUUGCGGGCAAGGGCUAGAAUCAGGCCGUGACUCUAGUGGUGGAUUGAGUUUGAAGGGUUCAAGCAUGGAAAGUAAAUCUGGUGAUGUUUUACGGCCUUUUAAACAGAACGAAGUUGGUGAAACUACUCAGAAAAUGGUGAAAAAAUCUGGUGGUUCAUCAGGGACUUUGAAAGGGAAAGAAGGAAAUGAAGAUAAGAAAAGUGGUUCAUGUGUUGGAGGUAAGUAUCCCAGUAAACUUCACGAAAAGCUUGCUUUUCUGGAAGGUAAGGUGAAAAGGAUUGCUACAGAUAUCAAGAGGACAAAGGAGAUGUUGGACAUGAACAAUACUGAUUCAUCAAAGGUGAUACUGUCUGAUAUUCAGGAAAAGAUUUCAGGAAUUGAGAAGGCAAUGAGUCACGUUGUCAACAAUGAUGAUAAGAAGGCUAGUGUAGAGAAAAGUAAUGAGAACGAUGAUAGUAAAGCUAAGCUGACUGAGGUAAUACUAGAGAAUAAAAUGGGUGAGGGGAAAUCUUCGGUUACAGGGUUAAAUGCGGAUGAAUUAGAAGCGAGACUUUUUCCCCAUCAUAAGUUGCUCAGAGAUAGAAAAUCCUUGAAAUCAUCCGGUGGAAAUGCAGAUAUUAGUGAGGCGGAAGUUGGAGAUGCAGAUGGUAAACUGAAUGAAGAACAGGAGUCUGUUGAUCCUGUUGAUGAACACCCUAUUGCCAAGGAAUUCUUGGCUUCUCUAAGAAAUGAAAAAUAUGUUGGUGAUAUCAGAAUUGGGAAUCUUUCUUUGAGUGUUUGUGAUGUCCAAGAGACGGAUGCAUCUGUUACUUCUACCGAGAUGAGUAAUGUUUCUCAACAUUCUCAAUCGAAGGCUGCAAGCGAUAUCAAUUUAAUGACAGAUGAAAGACUUGAAGACUUUGAUAGCCAAGAAAGCAGGCCUGCUUUAAUCAUUGAAGAGGAGGCAGAGGAUAGUUUCCUGUAUAAGCUAAAUGAAAUUGGGCGAAAAGCCACCACUGGAGGGUGGUUUGUCUCAGAGGGGGAAUCAGUUCUUCUUGCUCAUGAUGACGGUUCGUGUUCAUUAUAUGACGUAGUAAAUUGUGAGGGAAAGGCUAUUUACAAGCCUCCCACUGGAGUUUCUCCAAAUAUGUGGGGGGAUUGCUGGUUAGUUCGUGCUCCCAGUGCAGAUGGUUGUUCUGGAAGAUAUGUUGUUGCAGCAUCUGCUGGGAAUUCCGCUGUCUCAGGCUUUUGCUGUUGGGAUUUGUAUAGUAAAGAAAUACGAGCUUUUCAUACUGAAAAUGGAAAUUCUAGUGUCAGAACUGCCCUAGCUCCUCUUCCUAACAACUCUAGUUAUAGAAGGAAUGUUAUGUCUGCAAGUACAAUGGCAGAAAACAAACAAUGGUGGUAUAGACCUUGUGGACCACUUAUUGCCUCAGCAGCUAGUGGUCAGAGAAUGAUAAGAGUUUAUGAUGUUCGAGAUGGAGAGCCUAUAAUGAGAUGGGAAUUGCAAAAAUCUGUUUCAGGAAUGGAGUACUCCAGUCCUUUGCAUUGGAGAAAUAGGGGAAGAGUGGUAAUUGCUGAAUCAGAAGCAGUGUCACUUUGGGAUGUCAGCUCUCUUCAUCCUGAAGCAGUUUCAUCCGUUUCAUCUUCUAACCGCACUAUAGUUGCACUCCAUGUGAACAAUACUGAUGCUGAAUUGGGUGGAGGAGUUCGACAGAGGGUAAGCUCAGCUGAGGAAGGGAAUGAUGGAGUUUUUUGCACCCCAGAUUCUAUCAAUGUGUUAGACUUCCGCAUAACAUCAGGAAUAGCUCUCAAGAUUCCAAAAGUUGGGGUUGAUAUUCACUCCACUUUUUCUCGUGGCGACUCCAUAUUCUUGGGCUGUACUAACCUAAAAUCAGUCGGAGGGAAGCAAUAUUCCUCGCAAAUCCAGCAAUACUCAUUGCGCAAAGGGAGUUUAUGUAGCAUCUAUGACAUACCGGCAUCAAACGCUCAUCGCCAUUUCACAGCCAUCACACAAGUUUGGGGAAAUGCAGAACAUGUCAUGGGAGUGAGCGGGCAAGGCCUCUUCAUUUUCGACACCCUGGAAAACGAAGUAUGGCAGGCACUGAAUCCCGAUAGCGCCAACUCGCAGAAUGUCAAAGAGGUAAUCGGAUCAAAUGAUUUGUAUUGUCCAUCUUUCGAUUACUUAGGUUCACGGGUACUCCUCGUAUCUAGAGAUCGACCUGCUCUCUGGAAGUAUUUGUUGUAGUGAUUAUAACAUUCACCUGAAGUCUUAGAUAUGUAAUUCAAAGUUGAUGUGAGAGACUGAGAGUGCAAUGGUGCCUUUGUUGUAAUAUGUUAGAAUAAACAAUAGUGUUUUUAUGGUUGUGGGAAAUCUAAAAGCUUGUAUUUUGUAAUAACCCUAUCAA